CGUUUGUUCUGUCAUUGAUAGAUUUUGCAGGGCUUAUCCAUUACCAAAGAGCCUCUUCAACUGGAAUGGUACCGACGUCUUCGAAGUGUGUCGGAUUGAACAACGAAUCGGGUCACUGCGAGCACUUAAAACGGUGCUUAUCUCAUGAGUAUGGUUCAAACUUUACGCUGGCUAUAAAUCACUCGUGCGUAAUCGACCAAACAUACACAGGCAUUUGUUGCUCGAGACAUGGGAACGAAAUGCAUACAAAUUCUAUGGUAGACAAGGAUUUUGCCGACACUCUUCCGCAGAUUGCUGCGAGUGACGAUAAGAAACAAAAUGAGGUGAGAAUCGUUUGGUCGGGCGAGCAUAGAACGACAACGUCUCGGCCUAAAAAUCCGGCAUUGAGAGGAUGCGGAACUACAUUGAAAAGUCAAAGCAAGUUGGUGGGCGGUAGACCGGCCGAUCCCACGAAAUGGCCCUGGAUGGUGGCUCUUCUUACAACAGAUAACGAUUACUAUUGUGGUGGUGUGCUCAUCACCGACAGACACGUUUUAACUGCUGCCCACUGCAUUUACAACUUCAGACCGCAGGACAUCAAAGUCAGGCUCGGUGAAUACGAUUUCGCGACGAGUGAAGAAACGAGAGCCGUGGAUUUCACGAUUUCCGAAAUACGUAUACAUCGAGACUUUGUUCCUGCCACGUUCACAAAUGACAUAGCAAUAGUCAAACUGUAUCUACCGACCCUCUUCGACAGUUACAUUUGGCCCGUGUGUCUGCCACCAAUUGGUGAAACGUUCGAGUACAAGGACGCAGUUAUAAUAGGUUGGGGCGCACGCUACUACGGAGGCUCCCGUAGUACGGUUUUGAUGGAAGUCGAGGUUCCAGUAUGGCCGCAGAGUAAAUGUACGAGCAGUUUCGCUCAACGAAUUACUAAUACGACGAUUUGCGCCGGCGCUUACAACGGUGGAGGCGACGCUUGUCAGGGUGACUCCGGUGGACCACUCCUUCAUCAGCUUGCAAAUGGCAGAUGGGUAAAUAUCGGAAUAGUAUCUUGGGGUAUUCGAUGCGGAGAACCUGGACGUCCUGGAAUAUACACACGCGUCAAUUCUUAUCUUGAUUGGAUAUUCGAGAAUGCUGUAUUCUAAGCUUAGGAUCGCAUUUAAUUUGUUAAGCGAGUGUCCCCUUAUAAUUACGAAAUUACUAAAAUUAUUAAAAGUUAAGACAAGCCCAGACGAAAAACAAAGCAACUUCAGUCUGGUCGGUUUUAAUUUUU